UCUGUGUAGCUUUGCGCCUUUCCUGGGAUUCACUUGGUAGCCCAGGCUGGCCUCCUGAGUGCUGGGAUUAAAGGCGUGCGCCACCACCGCCCGGCUUUUUUCUUGUUUUAUGUAUCGACUAAAAUCUGUAGUACAAAAAUGAAAUGGUAGCUUCAAAGUGGUGGCACACACCCUUAGUCCCAGCACUUGGGAGGCCGAGGCAGUCGGAUCUCUGAGUUUGAGGCUAGCCUGAGCUACAGAGUAAGUUCCAGGACAGCCAGGACUACACAGAGAAACCCUGUCUCAAAAAAGAGGAGGGGGAAAAAAAAAUGAAAUGGUAAGAGAAAUUUUGUUUGGUUGUGUUGGUUUUUGUUGUUUUGGGGGUUUUGUUUUGUUUUAAAGGUCUCCCUAAGUAGCUCAGACUAACCUGGGACUCAACGCAGCCAACAUAGACCUUGAAUUCACAGUGAUGCUUCACCUCUGCCUCCCACAUACUGAGAUUACACCUGUGAGCCACCAAACCUAGAAAGAAGUUCUAAAAUACCAACUUACUUUCUUUUGUUCUUUUAUUCUUUUUUGAGACAGGAUCUCACUUUGUAGACUAGGACUCACAGAGAUCCACCUGCCUCUGCCUCCCAAUUGCUGGUAAUAAAGGUGUGUUCUACCACCACUGUCUAGCUAAAAUAAUUUUUUUUUUUUUUAAAGAUUUAUUUAUUUAUUAUGUAUACAGCAUGUUUGCCUGCAGGCCAGAAGAGGGCACCGGAUCUCAUUACAGAUGGUUGCGAGCCACCAUGUGGUUGCUGGGAAUUGAACUCAGGACCUCUGGAAGGGCAGUCAGUGCUCUUAACCUCUGAGCCAUCUCUCCAGCCCCUAAAAUAAUUUUUUUUUAAUUGGGGAAUAAUGAGUGGAAGGAAAGAAACCAGCAUUGGUUCUGUGAGAAAACCUUAAUGGCAAGUUGUCUAAAGACACCUUUGUUGCUCCACAAAAUUGCCUUUUUAAAAAACACUCAAAAAAGAAAAAGCCAGACAUGCUAGUGCAUGCCUUUUGUCCCAGUUUUCAGAGAUCUCUGAAUUCCAGAACAACCUGGUACAUAGUGAGGCCCUGUCUCAAAACAAACAAACAUGGGGCUACGGCGAUGGCUCAGUGGUUAAGAGCACUGACUGCCAUUCCAGGGGACCUGGGUUCAAGUCCCAGCGCCCACAUGGCUGUCUGUAACUCCAGUUGCAGGGAAUCUGACACCUUCACAUAGACAUACAUGCAGGCAAAACACCAGUGUACAUAAAAUAAAAUAAACAAAUAGUUAUUUAAGGCUAUGGUGGCACGAGUCUUUAAUCCCAGCACCUGGGAAGCAGAGGCAAUGGGAUCGAGGCCAGCCUGGUCUGCAGAGUGAGUUCCAGAACAGCCAGGGCUGUUACACAGAGAAAACAAACACAUAACAACAGUAACUUGGAGUUCAGUCCCCUUAUACAAAUCUCUGAGCAGACUUUGGCUCAAUUUGUCGUUUUCUGUUGAAUUGGCCAGCUGCCUUGAAGACAUUCUAUGCAUAUUUUCAAUUCUCUAUUCUCAGAGUAUUGUCAAACCCAACAACCCAAAAUUUAGGAGAAAAGAAACUCUACAUUUUCAGACAGUGGUAGUAGAAUUAAUAAUAACUUUUCUUGAUCAAUAAAAUAGCUGAUUUAGUCUAUCUACCUUAUUUUUUGGAGUUUGUUUGUUUGUUUGUUUGUUUUGUUUUGUUUUUGGGGUUUUUUUUUAUUUUGUUUUUUUGUUUCUCUUCAUAGCCCUGGCUGUCCUGGAACUUGCUCUGUAGACCAGGCUGGCCUUUCGUUCACAGAGAUCCUCCUGCCUCUACCUCUUGAGUGCUGGGAUUAACGGUGUGCACCACCACUGCCCCAGCUAGUCUGUCUACUUUCUAAAUUGCAUUUGAAUGUCAUGCUAUUGUGGGUUGGGUUUCAUGUCCAGAAGUAACCUCUCAAGUAAGCGGGUGCAUACGGAUGUAAAUGAAAACAGUAUUUUCUUCCUACCUUGUUUCUAAAGCUCUACAGGUGACUACUGGCUCUCAGCUCUCACUCAUGUCAUCUGGCAUGAACAAAAUGCUUCCUGCAGUCCCAGCCACAGCUGUCCAGCUUUCCUGUCAUGGCUGUAAAAGAGUUCUUCAGGAGGGACAGACUGCUUAUCAGAAGAAAGGUUCUGCUGAGCUUUUCUGCUCCACACUGUGCAUCAGGAAAUACACGUCAUCUGCCAUCUCCCCAGCUCCUGUCAAGAGGAUGUGCUUCAACUGCUCAAGAGACAUUUUAGAUCUGAAGGAUAUGAAGAAUGUCCAGUUGGAGGACAGUAACUGUAACGAAGACUUUUGUAGCCAGUCUUGCCUUUCAUCAUAUGAAGAAAAAAGAAAGUCAUUUAUUACCAUGUGUACUGACAGCACUUUUAGUAAGUGCAGCGUGUGUCAGAAGACAUCUACCAAACCACCCAGACUGCUUAGAUCUUUUCCCUGCCAAACACUGAAACUCUCAGAUGAGAUGAUUGUGAUUACUAAUGACUUGGGGAACAUAGAGGUUUUCUGCUCUCUUUGUUUUUCUUCAUACAACAGUGCUGUGAUGGAAUCUUCGACAGUAAAUGUUUCCACACUACACAGUGCUUCAAAAGAGAAUCUUUCUCCAAGGGAAUAUCCAAUUCCAGUUAUAAGCAAUAUAAUGUCAUUAGUAAAUGAUCAUGUUGACCUGCUCAUGAACACUGAUCUCUUACAAGGUUCCCGUUCUUCUGUACCUACAGAUGUCAUUGUAGAUAACUCACCCAGCGAACCCAGUAGUGGUAUUGGGGACCACGUGGGACAGCCAAGCCUUCUCCCGUUGCCGUUGGUGCCCUUGGAGGACACAGCUGGUCCCAGUGUGGAAGCACAGAACAGCAGUGUGUCACACCAGCCCCACAGCAUGGAAUCUGUGAAAGUAAAUGAUGGACCACGUCAUACAAAAUCUUCAUCCACAGUGCAAAGAGUCAAGAAAGAACCACAAAACAGUAGAAAACCUUGGCGCUCAGCUUUUCCGCAUUUGAACACCAGUCCUAAGAACGACGUUGCGUUCUGCUAUUCUUGCCACUUUUUCUACCAGAAAAAUUUUAGCUGCUGGAGAGAAUCAUUUGCAGCCCAAGGAACUGCUGACUGGGAGAAAAUGCUAGAAAAAUUCAAGAAGCAUGAAGAAAGUGAAGUACAUUUAAAGUCUCUGCAGUUCUGGAGACAGUACCAGUUUCUGGAUGAAGUUCCACAUGGUGCUUCGUCUGUUUAUUCAGAACAUGUUGAGGGAAAUAGGAAGUACCUAAAACUCAUCAUUGAAAACAUCUUAUUUCUUGGAAAACAGUGUUUGCUCCUAAAAGGAAAUGACCAGUCUAUUUCAUCCAUUAAUAAAGGCAAUUUUUUGGAAUUACUAGAAAUUAGAGCAAGAGAUAAAGGAGGAGAAAUGUUUCAGCUUAUGAGUUCACAUGUUGACUUCUAUUGUAGUACACAAGUCCAGGAGGAGAUUAUUGAAGUAAUAAAGGCUGAAAUUUUGGAAGACAUUGUGAGUGAGAUCAAUAUCUCCUCAGCUUUUUCAAUAAUAUGUGAGGAGACAACUGAUUGUGCCACUAAAGGACAGCUUGCAGUGUGUGUGAGGUACCCACAAAAAUCCUCAAGUGCAGUCCUCGUUAAAGAGAGGUUCCUGGGGUUUGUUACUGCUGAGGAGAUGACUGCAGCCCAUGUCCACAGACACAUCAGAGCUUACUUGCAGCAGCUCGGAAUUGAUUUUAAUAAGCUAUGUGGUCAAGCCUAUGAUAGUGCCACGGAUUUGAGGGUCAAGUUUAAUGAAGUUGUAACAGAAUUCAAGAAGGAAGAGCCAAGAGCUUUGUAUGUACAUUGUCAUGCACAUUUUUUUGAAUUAGCGGUCAUUCGUUUUUGUAAAGAAGUAAAAGAACUCCGAAGUACACUAAAUACUCUCAGUUCUUUGCUCAACACUAUUCGUGCGUCGGGAGAAAUGUUGGCAAUUUUGCAAACCAGAUGUAAGCUAAGUCAGAAUAAAACUUGUAAAAAACACACGUCACAGUCGUGCUGGACAGCCCACGAGCACUUGUUACUGUCUGUGAUGGAGUGUCUCCCAGAGGUCGUGGAGACGCUGCACUCGAUGACUCGCCGUUACUCAGGCACAGCCGUGGCUGACGAACUCAGUGAUUUGCUGGCGGUGGUUACCAAGUUUGAAUUUAUAUUUUGUCUGAGAUUUCUUUAUCGAGUACUCAGUAUUACAGGAAUUCUUUCUAGAGAGUUUCAAAGUGAAACUGUAGACAUCUUUUCUUUGUUUUCAAAAAUAGAAGCAAUUUUGAAAUGUUUCUCUUCUGAAAGGAAUGACAAGUAUUUCAAGUCUAUCUGGGAUGGAGCAAAUGAAAUAUGUAAAGAAAUAACCCGUAAGGGUUUUAAAGUUGAAAAACCCUCUUUUCAAAAAAGAAGAAGAAUUCAGAAAACAGUAGAUCCUGGCAACUCAGAGUGCAUGUUUUUUCCUACUUCAGCAAAUGAACAAUAUAAAGUUAAGAUUUAUUACCAAGGUUUGGAUACUGUAUUAAAAAAUUUAAAGUUAUGUUUUUCAGAAUUUGACUACUGUAAAAUGAAACAAAUUUCGGAGCUGUUAUUUAAAUGGAAUGAACCAUUAAAUGAAGCAGCAGCGAAACAGAUUGAAGAAUUCUAUAAGCUCGAUGCAGACAUUAUCCCUGAACUUAGAUUUUACCAGCAGUAUGCAAAUCUCAACUUCUUCACAGAUUAUGGUUCCUUAAACUUCGUUGACCUUGGCUGUUUAUUUAGUCAGCAUGGUCUCCACAGUAAUAUUCCAGGUAUCUCGAAAUUGUUGCAUGUUGCUUUAUCUUGGCCAAUUACUUCAACCAACAACGAAAAGUCUUUUUCCACACUGCCUCAUCUUAAAACGUACUUACUUCGCACACUGGGACAAGAGAAACUUACAGGCCUGGCUCUGAUGGCUGUUGAGCAAGAACUGGUAAAUAAAUUGAUGGAGCCUGAAAGACUUAGUGGGAUUGUGGAAAAGUUUAUUAGUCAAAUGAAAGCUACAUGAGACUUACAACUUUAGCUGGGCGGUGGUGGCGCACGCCUUUAAUCCCAGCACUCAGGAGGCAGAGCCAGGCGGAUGUCUGUGAGUUCGAGGCCAGCCUGGUCUACAGAGCAAGAUCCAGGACAGGCACCAAAACUACACGGAGAAACCCUGUCUAAAA